AUGACUAUAUCUUUGAGACUACAUCAAAAAUGGACAAACCUAGGGAGAUGGACGCCUCUCUCUAAAUCUCCCUAUGAUAUAACUUCCUGCUGGCUUGCAGCUCUACGGAAGCCUAGGUGCACAUCACACUUCAAUUACAAACAAACAUUUCUGGCAUCAAUUUCUCAUCGGAAGACAGCUCAGUCAACGGUUGCUGAAAAUUCGUUGACAGCCUACGACCGGUUUUGCCCUUCUUGGGGCUCAUCAGGUAAGUGCAGUCCCCGAGUUUCCGUCAACCUUGUGUUCUGGGUUCCAGGCGAGUCUCUCGCAAAAAAAAACAAAUUAGGGGAGCACGAGGGCUGGUAUACUGCCAGGUUGCCCAAGUCUAGACAGGGGAAGUUGAGAGGUCAAGGUCGGAUUCGAACCACGGAUCUUCCGGGCAGUAAAUUCGCGCUCUAA